AUCCGCCGCCUCCCCCACUGCAGCCCCCACUUCUUCAAAGCCAGCUAGGGAUGUUCAUUCAAAGCCCGUGGGCAGCAGAUGAACAUCUUCUGAAUGUGGAUGUGUAUGUGUAUGUGUGUGUGUGGAUGGUUUUGUUCCAGUGAGUGAGGUGGGGGAGGAAAGUGCCAGAUGAUAUGCAUGGAUGGAGGGUAGUAGGGGAGGGAGGGUGGGGCGACGAGCAUUGAGCUAUAGCAAGUUGCUCAUUCGUUCAUUGCACAUAGUCUGUCAUCCGCUUAACACGCACAUCCCGCCUUCCUUUUGCCUCUUCCACUCGCUCGCUAGCCCUUGCCUGUUGGUCCUGAUGCUAGCGAGCGAUUCGUAUGUCAUUUCUCUCUCGAGUCGACCAUGGCUGCCACGUGCAUAUAUCUCUCCCUAUGUGGUCGCUCGCCAUGUACCCCUCCCACCCUCCCUCCCUCCCCCCUCUCCCUCCCUCCCAUGUGUCUGUGGUCAUCUCGACCACACAGGUGUCUUCAAACAGUUACAUAAAGCACUGUACUACAAAACAGAUCGAGCGAGGUGCGUUCAAAGAGAGAAACAUAUGGUUGGUGUGUACAGCUCAAACUUGAAGAAAGGACACAAAGGAGGGAAACACACAAACACACACACGCAGCCAUGGCCAGGCAGACACAUGUAUGGCAUGGCUGGCCUGGCUGGCAUGUGUGCCAGACAGAAUUGGCUAGCUGGCUUUGAAGAAGUGAGUGCCGCCUGGCCCAUGGGAUGGCCAGCCAUGCAUGGGUCGUACAUGUGUCAGUGUCAGCAUCCCCAGAGCAGAGCACACCUCAGAAAGAGCACACCAUACACAAGACACGUCAGUGCAUCAAUCGCAUCAAGCAAUAGAUAUCAUGAGCCACAAAAAUCCCAUAGCUGACCGUCCCGAGCCCCUCCCCUCCCCUCCCCUCCACUCCCCUCCCCUCCCCUCCCUACUAAGAAACGUCACGCGUGUCGAAUGCACCAUGCACCAAUUACGGCGCACUCGACAACAGGCAGCAUGGUGUGUACCAUGCCUGUGUGCGGCGCAUGCAGAGUGUGUGUCUUGACCAAACACAACUCCCCUCCCCAUCUCCGCUCGCCUCCCCACCCGUAUGUGUAUUGGCGAAUUUUGCAAUUACGACGUAAAGUGCGAUCUGUCUGUGCACAAAAAACAAACGUGUGUCCGUUCCGUUCUUCCUUCUUCAAUUUAAUUGGGCAUGUGUGGUCUCUUGCAAAACGACCACUCAUACAGCCAGCACAGACCCGAUGGACGGAUGGGAUGGAUGACGCGAAGCCACCAAAGGCCGAUGGGACGGCCAGCGGAGAUAUGAGCUACAGACAGACAGACAGACACACUCCCUCCUCUCCCCCCUCCCAAGAGAAACACAUACACACACACACACACAUGCAAGCAAUUGACAGAUGGAUAAAUCUACUCAAAACCAAUGGCGAUAAAACCCCCCAUGUGCAAUGUCGUGUGGUGUCGUUGGUGUGGCGUUGGUGUCGGUCGGUCGAUCAGGCCGCCGUGGGCACCGGCAGGCUGCCGCGUGCGAGGUAGGGCGCGUAGGCUCCGAAAGAGAAGAUCAGAGCCGUCACAGCACCUGCAAGGACGGCACAAACGGGCGAACAUGCCUGAGUGCUGUCUGUCUGUCCGUCUAUCUGUCUGUCUGUCUGUCUGUCUGCCCAUCCGCCCCAUCCCACCCACCUGCGAAGACCAGUGUGAGGAUCCAGGCGACAAACACGUUCAGGAGGAGCUUCCAGUUGACACCGGACCUCUUCCACGUGCACAUGCGGCCCUGAAGACAUACAUACACCCAAAACACACAUUCAAUCAUCGGCGGCUGUUGGGUUCAAUAAAUGCAUAAUGAUGUGGAUGGCUUACUUACCGAUUCGUUGUCAGCUUCGGUGAGUCCCACGCCGACAGUCGCGCCGACCUGGCAGUGGGUGGUGGACAGGGGGAUGCCCAGGUUGGAGCCGAUGAUGAUGAUCCAGGCCGCACCCAACUCGAUGCAGAAGCCGCGGCUCGGCGUGAUCUUCACCAUCUUGACGCCGAUUGCCUUGAUCACCUACACGCAGAGUGGCCGUCUGCCCCCCCUCCCCCUGUCUCUGCGCGUGUGUGUGUGUGGCAGGAUUGCUCACCCGGUGUCCGUAGAGUGCCAGGCCGAUAGCGAUGGCAGCACCGCCGAAUGCGAGCACGUAGAGUGGCGUCUCGACCUUGGCGACGGCCGCUCCGGCGCUGUACACACCGAUGAUGGCCGCCAAGGGGCCCACAGCGUUGGCCGUGUCGUUGCUGCCGUGACCCACGCAGUCGAAGCACGCCGACAAGACCUGCAACCAUCCACACGCACACACAGGGGGAGAGCGUCCACGGGGGGGCCUCCGUGUGUAUGUGUACUUGGCAGAUGGCGAAAAAUCGUUCGCUUCUGCCGUCGAAGUUCUCAGUGUUCUCGUGGAUGCGGGCGGCCUCCUUGCUCUCGUGCAGGGCCUCCUUAUGCAGGUCCUGGUUGAACGGCAAACACUGCAUCCAUACAUGUCACGACACACGCAGAGAGAUCUGUGGGAUCUGUGGGAGGAGAGAGAGGGAGUCGGUGAGUGGGUGGGUGGGUGUCUGCCGGCGUACCGCCCAGAGCCCCUUCUUCUGCUUCGAUGGACCUUCCCCAGCCUCCUCAACCACAGCGACGAUCUCAUCCUUUUGCAGCCCCUGACACACACGCAGACACCCGUUUGCAGGCGUGUGUAUGUGUGUGCAUGGAUGCGUCUGUGUGCACCGCACCGUCUGUGCAGGCGUGACGCUGCCGGGGCUGCUCGAGUCGUUGUUGUUGCCCUCACGACUCGAGCAGCCCUCCUCAACUUCCUUCACCUGAUUCACCUAUAUGUACCCCCACACAUAACGCCUCUAUGUGUGUGCCUUUGUCUGGUCUGUGUAGGUAUGCAAGCUCACCUCAGCGUCUUUCUGGCUCUUGAUCACAUCGGCGUCAUACUUGGCCAGUGCCUUCUUGACCCACCACAUGAGAAACGGUGUGCAAAUUAGGGCGGCGCCGACGGCCAUGGCGAGUGUGAUGCCGACAGCGAGCCCGGGGUUGGUGGCCGCCCAGGUCUUGAUCUUGCAGGGCUCCUUCAUGACGUUCUCUUUGAGCUUCUUGUCGUACAUCAGGCAGGCCACACCGUUGAGGACGCCGUUGUUCCUGCAGAUGGAUGGAUGGAUAAUUUGUUGAGGUGUGGUGUGUGAGUGUCUCCCUCCCUCCCUCCCUCCCUGUAAGAUUACUUGAAGAUCAGAUACAGGAAGAAUGUGGCGAACAAGGAAGAUGAAGACCGGCAUCCUGGUGACACACAGAAGGACACACGGGGCCUGCCUGUCUGCCUGUCUGCCUUGCUUGUGUGUGUGUGUGUUUAGUACCAGAAGCCGCGCUUCACAGAGUCUUUGGGUCUGAGCACCGCCUCGCGGAUGAUAAAGAACAGAAUGGCUGCACACAGACAGACAUGUGAGUGUCGUGUGUGUGUGUGUGUGUCUGUGUCUCAGCCGUGACUCACAUGCAGCGAUGCCCGAGAGGAUUGGCGAGAAAAUCCAUGAAGCAAUGAUCAUGCCGACCUGGUCCCAGUGAACCGCCGACGGGUCACCCGUCGCCAGGGAGAAGCCUUCACACAGCACACACACAAAUUAACAGGCAUAGUGUCGCUCUCCCUCUCCCCGUGUGUGUGUGUACCGAUGAUGGCCCCGAUGAUGCUGUGUGUGGUGGAGAUGGGCCAUCCGAGGUAGCUAGCCACCAUCAGCCAUACGCCCGCACCGAUCAGGGCACACAGCCUGCGUCCAUUCCACGCACACCGACAGAGAGAGACAUUCAUGCUCACGGGUCUGUCUGUCCGUCUGUCUGUCUGUCUGUCUGUCACACUAGUAGGUGUCUCACUCACAUGCCGAACAUCAGCAGCUCCGGGUUGUCCAUGAACACGUCGAAGUCUGCGCGCCAGACGCACACAAAGCCAGAUAACACGCGUGUCUCCAGAUUGUUCUCUCUCUCUCUCUCUCUGUCUGUGUGUCUGUCUGCCUGUCUGCCUGUCUGCCUGUCUGCCUGCCUGUGUGUGUGUGUGUGUGUGUGUGUGUGUCAGCGUACCGACGAUCCUCUUGCGGACGGUGUCGGCAACUUGUCCACCGAGGAACGCCGCUCCGACGAACUCGAGGAUGGCCGAGAGGAUGAUGGCCGUCUUGAGCGAGACAGCCUUCGAUCCAAUGCUUGAAGCGAAUUGGUUGGCCACAUCGUUGGCACCGAUACCUGCAUGCAGCGCACAGAGACAGAGACACACAGAGGGGGCGAUAGACGGGGCGUUGUGUCGCUGAGCCUCGCUGUCUGCAGAUCGAUGCCUUUUCUCCCCCCACCCCCUCUCUCUCGGUGCACGUGUCUUCCACGCACCGAAUGCCAUGACGAAGCAGGCGAUCCACCCUGCAUGGCACACGCAGCACAACAGGCACCACACACACCCGAGUGGACACACGAGCACACACGGAGGAGAAAGAGAGAGGGGGAGGGGGAGGCGCUUUCACCCGCAACGACGAUCCACAUGUAAUCCUGCACACAGACGUCCCACCCACCGAUGUGUCGACCCCCAGAGCAGGUCUGGAGGACUUACCGUCACCAUCUUGGCAGGCCAGGGCCAGAUCUCCAACGCACAGGGCUCGCGAAAGGUGGGAAAACGGAAUAAGACGGAGACGAUGGAGGGAAACGGUCGGGAGAGAACGGAG